AGAGAGAGAGAGGGAUUUUAUUAGAGAGAAAACAUUGCAGUUUAGAGAGAGGAGAUGAGCAGCCAUGUGCUCCCAAGCAAUGGAACCAUCUUCCUGGUUCGGUCCCUCACUUUCCCCUCGAACCUCAACAGAGCUUCUCCCAAGACCAGUCAUGGUCAAUUCAACCACCGCCUGAGUUUCUCGGGACGCUUUUCAAUCGCAAGAGCGAUUUGCAGGACGAACGAGAACGCUGCUGCUAUGAGUUUCUAUGAGCUUUUAGGAAUCCCAGAGACCGGAACCCUAAUCGAAAUCAAGCAAGCAUACAAGCAGAUGGCAAGAAAGUAUCACCCUGAUGUUUCUCCACCCGAUCUCGCUGAAGAAAACACACAGAUAUUCAUUCAGGUUCAGGAAGCUUACGAGACUCUCUCUGAUCCCAGGACCAGGGCUCUCUAUGAUAAGGAUUUGGCAGGAGGCCUCCAUUUGGCUUUCUCUACAAGAAAACGCAUGGAUCAGGGUUUGGAGGAGAGAGAAGAGUGGAGAGGGAGGUGGGAGGAUCAAUUGGGUGAGCUGAAGAGGAGGAGUAUGAGUAAAGACAUGAAUGGGGGAGGCAACAUGUCAUGGGGUGCAAGAAUGAGAAGGCAAAUGAGAGAAGAAUCCAAAUUGCAGAAUGAUUGUCUUUGAUUUUGAUAAAGAGAUGGUUUUUACAGCAAUUAAUUGAGAAAAGGCGACGAUGAUGAAACAGUUUCUGUACUUUACUUUUCCUCUACAUAAACUGUGUGUAGACUGUAGAUAAUGUACAAAAUAAACAACCGAGUAUAAAGUUCAAGUAACCUUGCUACGACUC